UAUUUUUAGUCUGAAUACCUUAUUAUUAAACUUUUAUUCAACAACGAAACCAAUAGCAACUAAAUCACGACUUAUUAUCGAAGUUUUAUUUACCCUAAAAAAAGAUUAACAUCAACCACAUGAAGGGAAUUCAUGCAUUGUCCCCAUUGUUGGAAAAGGUUCAAAAGCCAAUCCAUAUUAAGGAGCUCAGUGGAAAACGCGUGGCUGUGGAUGGUCAUGGCUGGUUACUCGCUGGAGCUCUCCCUCAUGCCUCUGAACUUGCAAGAGGUGUUGAAACAAAUGAUUACAUUACGUUUUUUAUUGGUCUCAUCAGUAUGCUACGCCUCAACAAUGUCACUCCAAUCGUUGUCUUCAACGGCCAAACAUUACCCAUGAAGCAGCACAUGGAAAAUGUCAAGACAAAGCAACGAAAGACGUUGAUCGAAAGGGGAAACAAUCUGUAUGAAAAAGGCAAGGUCACCAACGCCAAAAAAUGUUAUGAAAGGGCGUUUGUUGUAACCCAAACAAUGGUUGCAAAGAUUAUUAGGGAGCUUGACCGAUUAAAGGUUCAACAUGUUGUGGCACCUUACGAAAGCGAGCCUCAACUUGCUUACAUGCUGAUGGAAAAGCAAGUCGAUGCUGUAAUUUCGGACAAGACCGAGGUGUUGGCAUAUGGUGCUUCCAAGGUGGUCCGCGGCAUGGAUCGCAAUGGUCAUGGCCAAUUUGUUGAUCAAUGUCGUCUUUUAAGAUUGGUGGGCUUAAAUGCAUAUCAGUUCAUACACCUCUGUAUCUUGUCUGGCUCAGAUGCUUUUUCUGCUUUACCUGGUGUUGCGUUUAAAACAGCUCUCGGUAUGGUCCGAAGACACCGUACUAUUGAUGAGCUUUUGGCCGCAGUACAAAAAAAAUACCAGAAACGAAUUGCAGACAACUAUACAAAACGUUUCAAGAAAAUUAACGAUGCACACAUGUAUCAAUUCGUAUACAAUAUGAACUUGAACGUUUACAGACGAAUGUAUGCUGUACCAAAUGGUAUCACUAUCCAAGAUCCUGGCAAGACACCGGAUUACCUUGAUAUCCCAAUGCUUCGCACAAACAACGCCAUUGUGAUUGAUCCCUUGGAUGUCAUCAGAGAUGAAAAUAAGGAGAACCUCUGGCCCUGGGAUGCUGUAUCCGGACAAUACCAAAAGGUGUCCAAGGGACUUGGAUAUACAACCAUCCACAAGAUCGAGCCAAAAUCCAGUGCAAGAUCAAUACCAUUGGAAUUUAAAACAUAUACCCCGGAAUCAAAGAGAAAAAGCUCCUUCAUCAAUACCAAUAAGACAAAAAGUCGUCGCUUAUAAAAGAUGGCAUCUUUUUCUUUCAAAUAGUAAUAAUAAUAAUAAAUAAUAAAUAAGGCCUUUGUAAAU